AUGAAGAUCUACGUAUUCGUCUUUUUAAUUAUUGCUGCAGUAUCUUUCGCACUCCCCAACGAAGAUGAAAGGCAGUUGAACUUAACAUAUGAACCCAAAUUCUUGAAACUGGGAGGAAAUAUCGAAGAUCUCGAAGAAUACAAUCGUCAACGUAAAUUCACGUGCGAGUAUAUGUGUGCCCUGCGUUGUCUAUUUACAGGAUAUCAAGGAUCAUUUUGUAGCAAAGAGGGUAUUUGCUUUUGUGAUGAGACUACCCAACUUAAAAAAUUAAUAGGUACCGCUUUGUCUGCUGAACGCACUCAUUUUUAAUGUUAUAAGAAUAAGACAUAUGAUCAAAAAUAAAGAUAUUAAUUCACAUACUGUUCAAUUAAAAAUUAAAGUAGAGCAUUGUGUCGAAAAUGCAAUUAAUCUGCAUAUCAACAAUUAAGUAUAACACAUUUUCAAAUAUGCAAGAUUGCAAAACUUUAUGCAUUUUGUAUUCGGACGUUAACAGUGGACAUUUGAGUCAGCAACAAACAGAUUAACAUUCUAGAAUUUCUGUGGAUUUUUAUAAUAAAGGAUAUUAUAAACACAAAAUCAAAUGUGAAGUACAAUUGGGAAUAAAGUAUUUUGAAUAAGUAUUGUAGAUAUUGCAUAUUCGAGUAUAUUAAUGUUAUUUAAUGUAAUGAAAUUUGUUUUUUAUCUUUUUUAAUUCUGCUUAAUGUAAUUCUUUUACCAUUGCGGUCAAGAUACAAAUUUAUAAAUAAAAUAAAAUAUAUGUGUAAAUAUGUUUAGCUUUAUUAAUAAAAAAAUGUUUAUUUUUCAUGAAAAAUGAUUAAUAUUUUUAAUAUGCAAGCAAAUAUAUGCUCACUAAAUUCCAUAGAAUAAAAUGUCUAAAUCAGUAAAGAAUUAAAUCCUAAGUCUAUCAUCUAUAACACUUUUCUUCUCUUUCACUUCAAUUGUCACGAACAAAUUUGUUACUGUCUCAAUAACAUUUCGACAAAAAGCUUUCUAUUUCUACUACUUUAAGUCAGAUUAAAAAAAAACAUGAAAGUUCUUACAGUCAUUGGAGAAUUUUGACAUGGCAGCAGUAUUCCACAUAAUUUAUAAUCCGGAUUCAAUUUUUUCAUUUUUUUUUUAAAUUUGGACAUCAAAUUGAUGCGAUAUUCACACAUGGAAUACUGAUCUUAAUUUGUAAUAAUUUAAUUCUUAUGUUUCGUUUAUUGUUGAAAUCACUAAAGAUGAUCGUUAUUAUGCAUCAAAGCGUGACACUUUUUACAUAUAUUAUAUUGAUUUAUAUUGUCAGAUUGUAUACUGUUAGCACGAACACCUAGCGCGGCUUGAUAAAUUCUUAAUUGUAUUCUUUUGUUGUUAAUUGUAUUCUUUAAUUGUAUUAUAUUAAUUUUAAGUCUUAAGCUUUUGCAAUAUUCAAAUGAUUCAAUGAAUUUUAGAAAAUGAUAAUUCGCAAUUAUAUAGUGAAAUUUGAGUGCAGCGAAGUAUAAAAAAUUUAUUGCUAAAUACAUUCUUCUUUGCGAAUGUUAAGUUAGUGUUCCAUCGAUAACUGUGAGGAUUAGAGAGAUACGAAACAGAAUGAACAUAUAUUGUAUUUUGAAUUUAUAUUGUUGAAAUAAAAGUUAAUUUUCAAACUCAUAAAUUUCUUUUAACAUUUUUAUCUUAAAUUCUUUGUUCAAUAUUUAUUUAUCGAUAAUGACAUCGUAAAAUGAGAAAAUAGUUACGUAUAUAUAUUACAGAUGGAGCAUGCUGUACUCUUUCCUUUCUCAAACACAUAUAUGUCUAAACGUUGUCAACUUUUUUUACUUGAUUUAUUAUUAUACGACAAUGAGUGCGUUCGAGGAAAAUGCUAUUAGCGCUAUCAGCAUCAGUCUAUCCUCGUACUAUUUUUAAUGAGCAACGAAGAUUGACUGAUGCUGAUAGCACUAAUAACGCUUUCCGAAUAUAUCCAAUAUGUCAUGCAUAGAUUUUUUAUAAAUAAAUUUUUUCUGAUUAUUUUUAUUUCUAAUUACUUAUUUAAAUUAAUGAAGACAUAAAAAAUAUUUCCACGUAUGCUAAAUUACAAUUUCUUUCGGAAUGAUUUUUACGCAAAAAUAAAAAUGUAAUUUGCUAUUACACAAAAAAUUUAUGUAUAGCAAUCAAUUAAUGUCUUGAUUUUUUCUUGAAAUAUAUUUAGAUGAAAUUUUAUUUAUUACUAAACUAAUGUAAAAAUUUACAAAAAUUUACUAUUUAAUGUAAUGUAAAAACAGUUAAUGUAAUUGACCACAGUAACAUUUGAACUCGGAGAAGAUAUAUAUUUAUAUAAUAUUUUAAACGCUGAUGUAUUUUGAUUUUAAUUUGAUCUAUUGACUUUGAUGUAAAUUAGUAAGCAAUAAAUAUUAAAUACUAGUAUAUGUAUGUACCAAAGAAUCGCUAAAAAUUGCUUUAGUAUGUAAAAAUGUAUACAUUUUUCUCCUUCUACAAAGGGCUUAUUAAAAAUAUUUUGAACAUUCUGAAAACUUAGCAGCACCAUCACAGAUCAUGGUACAUUUUUGUGCAUAACAUAGAUACGACUGUUCCUAAAAUAAAAAAUGUUGUCUAUGACCUGGACUUAGAUGAUACUUUGUAAUGACCGACUCAUUACAAUCGUCCUCGAAUAAAGAAAACUUUUUUUUUUAUUUUAUAGAAAAGAAAACUCUUUUAAUUAUUUAAUAUAGAGAAGUUCAUAACAUAGUAAUUUUAACAAUAGAAUAGAAAACUUUCUAAUUGCGAAAACAAACGCCUUUUUAAAUCAGUUAGAAAUAAAACUUAUCACAACAUUUCUUUGUAUCUAAAAAUCUAAAAAAAAAUAAAAUAAUGAUUCAAAAACGUAGUAGAUUCAUCUCACAUAAAAACAAAUAUAGUAAAACAGACUAAGCAAAUUUGCGUCGUAAAACAUGUAAUUAAAAAUUUUUUAAUUUUAAGUUAAAAGU